UAAUUGCUCUUACUGCAUUUUACGGCCUAGCAUGUCUUGGCGAACUCCUACCAAAUGAUAAAGGAGACAAAUGCAAGAACAAAGAAUCACAAAACAGCAAACAGAAUCUCGCUAAUCAUCAACCCAACAAACGACACGCUAUGUCCA